AUGGGAGGGGAGAGAGAGGACAUCACUGGGUGCUUACAAGACGCCUGACCUCAUUCCUGGCGCUCGCCCUAUCAGGCGACCGUAGGCGUGGGAUAGUGACGGUUGGAACCGGGGACGAAGUGGGGGCCCAAUUCCAGACGUGUUCUCUCCCUUUAUGGGGGGUUACGGGUUUUUUUCCGAAAACUAUAGAGACUGAACCAACUCUUAAAAAAAAUGAAUCAUGACGCCCUUCUUUCCGUCAUUGAGCUACUGCGCAGACUCGAAGCCGCCGAGCGCAGAGGAACUCCCGGAAACAGACCCGAAGGAUCCGGAGACAGCCGAAGCGGGAACGAAGAGAGGACUCGAGAAAACUCCACCAAUAACCAGAGAGAGAUUGCCGCUGCGAAAGAGACUUCCGGUGGACCUGUAGCCAUAGCAACACAGGACAGGGAAACGGCCCUCGAGCCGGAAACUGCGACCGGCGAGGAGCGGUUGUCGAACGAGGAACCGUUUGAGCAAGUCGCCUCACCCGAUUCACAGGCCGUUAUAGGUCUACAAGCGAAUGUCGCUCAGCUGUCAACAGAUGUUAAAGCACUGACGGAAACAGUCAAAUCCCUUGACAAGAAGAUGGAUGAGGUCCUAAUUCUCCUCAAGGCCCCCCAACCUGAGGGAGCCAAAGUUCUAAACAAGAACAUCAUUAGGGUGUUGAGCGCCGUGGAUAGCAGCGCUAAAGUUGUCGAAAGGCUGUCUGAAAAGAUCGAGUUGAUCCAUGCCAGGUCGGCGAUAGGCAUCCCGGAGGCUCCGAUGACAGCCCCAGCGGCUCCACUCGUAACAGCAAUAUACCCAAGCCUUCCAGAUCAGCCCGCAGCGGCAGAGACGUCAAGCGCGAUUAUUAAAGAAUUGUAAGCCACCAGAGUCACUUGGCUGAGUUGGGCAGCUAUAGAAAUUGACUCCAUCAAUUGAUCCAUCAAUCCGAGGACCUCAACAGAUAGCCAGUUUUGAUCACAGCUACCAAGUGGGCAACCAUUCUUCUAAGUAUUAUCAUUUACCCUUCUGAUUCGAAAUCUUCUCUGUUGGACAAGGAAGGCAAUCAUAGCAGCAAAAUGGUUUCCCUUCCUUUUUGGCCUUCCUAUAACCUGGAUGACAAUGGUCAUUGCAAAGAGAAAUAGGCUUUGUCUACAGAUAAAAGAAAGAGAAGAAUAUAUUGGACAAUAUUGGAAGAAAAAAGAAUUACCUACAAUAGAAGAAUGGAUAUUGAAAGUUACUAAUUUGGCUGAGAUGGCAAAAAUCUCAGCCUUUUUGAAAGACAAUACGUAGGAAAGAUAUUUAAUUGAAUGGAAAAAAUGGAUUGAUUAUCUACAAAAUAGAUAUCAGAUUAGGAGAUAUCAGAUUGCCUUUGAAUAAUAAGGAUGUAUUAUUUUAGAAUGUUAUGGGGGAGGUUAGGAAAUGAAAAGACUCUGAUGAGGUUAAUUGGGUUGGAAGGGAAAAUUUUAGUCUAUGUUUGCCUUAUGUGUAAUAAUACCUGGGAA